AUGAGUCGGGGAAAACGAGAAGAUGCAAGAUCAAAAAGUAGAACAGUUGGAAAACCGGGAAUCUCAAAGCAAAUUGGACAGGAACGAAGAAAAGUUGAGUAUGAAGCACGAACGGCAAGGAAGAAUAAGAGUGGAGGUAUCAUAGAUAAGAGAUUCGGUGAGAGUAAUAAGGAGAUGACCAAUGAAGAGAAGAUGUUGGAGAGAUUCACUAAAGAGAGAUUGGCACAUGCUUCAAAGUAUUCACUCGCAGAUGAUGAAGAUAGCGAUAAUGAUACUCUCACUCAUUCUGGACAUUCACUAUCAGGUAAGGUACAGAAGGAUGAAGGAGAUGAAGGAGAGUUCUUUUCUAAGAAGAGAGAGAUAGACGAGAAUGAAACACCGCCGGAUCAACCUGCAAGAAAGAAAACGAAAGCAGAAGUGAUGAAGGAAGUGAUAGCAAAGUCCAAGUAUUACAAGCACUUGAGGCAAGAAGAGCAUGCUAAGUUGCAGCACCAGGUUUCUGAAUUGGAUGAGAACUUUAACGAUGUUAUGACAGAUUUGAAAGACACCACGAAGAAAGCUACUCCAACUUCUAAGGAGGAGAAGACAGGCAUUGAUAUUGCCUAUGAUAAAAAGGUGAAGCAAGUGCAACUAUCAGGAAGAGCUGCUCCUGCAGAUAGGACAAAGACAGCAGAGGAGAUUGCUCAAGAAAAGAAGGAAAAUCUAGAAAGACUUGAGAACCAGCGAUUACGGAGAAUGCAAGGAGAAUUGGAAAACCAAGAAGAGCAUGCAGAUGAUUUGGAUGACGAAUUCUGGGCGGGAAGCGAUGAAGACGUAGCCAAUGGAUUAGCCGUGAAUGCUGAAGAUGCACCAGUAAGUGCAGAAGAUCUCACAGAUACUACUCUUGGAGAUUCCAGUGCUACCAUCACCAUUGGAGGAAAGGUCAUCCGUUUCGGAAGUACUGAUACAGGUCUUAUCUGUCCGCAAAAAUUGGACGAAUUCCUCGGUCUUGUGGGUGAUAAAUCGUACGAAGAAGUAAUUCCGUUGAUCAAGCAGGUGUUCAAAAAAUACCAACCUAAGCUACGUGAGGGAAACAAAGAAAAGAUCGGUGUUUUCAUCGGUGUCUUGAUAGACUAUAUUCUGAAACUUGAGGAUGAUGGAUGUAAGGAGGCCAAUAAGAGUCAGUAUAUUCAUCUUAUGGAGUUCAGCAUCAAAUUGAUCCGCGAUUUGUCUGAGAAGUUCCCCGAGAAACUCUUGGACCACUUCAGAACGCAUCUACAGUCAGCCCAGGAUAGAAUUGAGUCUCGGGACCACCAUAAAUACCCAUUGAGGUCUGAUUUGGUUCUAUAUACAAUGGUGGGACGUUCUUUCUCGACAUCAGAUAUGUAUCAUCUUAUCGUAACGCCUGCUCUAGUGCUUCUGGGAGAGUCUCUUGAGUUCAUGAAGAUAGACAAGCAUAUCACAGAUUUAUUCGCAGGAAUCUACAUAUGCGAUUUGCUAAUUCAAUAUGAGAGAAUCGCUAAAAGAAUCGUUCCAGAAGUGAUCAACUUCUUAGAAAGAGUUCUAUUAACUCUGGUUCAAGACCCAGAUAAGAUUCUGCAUUCCGAAAAGCUUGCAACGUGCGUCAAGCAGCCUACUAGAACUAAGUUCACUCUCUCAAUAGAGACUGAAUUGCCAGCGGAUUUGCAAACAUUAAGUCUAUCCAACUGGAUGGAUGUCUCGCAGAGUCAAUGUGCGUCUUUGCUUCUCAAAACUGUUUCUUUGCUAGACCAGUACGUGAGUCUCUUCAUAGAAACAUCCUCCUUCAUAGAGAUAUCCACUCCAUUUGUAGUGCUUCUCAGACAUAUGGUGGUGUAUCAUGCUUCAACUCCACUUAUUCCUUCGCUUCUCAAAAAGAUCGAAAACAUAAGAAGAAUCGCAUCGAAUGAAAGAGAACCACUUCAGUUACAGUCACACAGACCCCUCUCGAUCCCCACGUACGCUCCCAAGUUCGAGGAGAAUUACAAUCCAGAUAGAAAGUUCUAUGAUCCAGAUAGAACCAGGCAAGAAGUGGGUAAAUUGCAACACCAGAUUAAGGAGGAAAAGAAGCAAAACAUGCGUGAACUCAGAAGACAAACCGAAUUUGAGGCCAGAGCUCACAUUAAUGAGAAGAAAGAAGAGUACAAAAAGUACCAUGAGAAGAUGGCUAAGAUCGUUAAUAGCAUUCAAACGCAAGAGGGUACUGCCAAAAAUGAGUAUGAAAGGGAAAAGAGAAGAAGAAAGUGA